AUGAGGUCGAAAGCGGGCAAGCACGAUACCAGAGCUGCCCAAGGGAGAGGCCCAUCUCCAGCUGCUCCCCUGAUACAGCGGGGCCGGCAUGUCUUGUACCACGCGCUGGAUCCUAGAAAAGGCCUCAUCCGACUAGUUCGCGUCGAACGCCGAGAGAAUGACCCAGAUUCGGCCUUCUUCUCGUUGGAGGAGCACCCGAUAGACAAAGCUCCAGAGUAUAUGGCCAUCUCCUACAUGUGGGGGCCUGAUGCCGAAGGAGGCGACAUCAAGCUCGACGGGCACGCUGUCCAUGUUCGCCAGAAUCUAUAUAACCUUAUUCAAAACGUUCUCACUCUCCGGGUGACUGGCCACAAAGCGGAAAGCCCUAGAGGUCUGCCCAACGACGUGCAUCACUUUUGGGUAGAUACAUUAUGCAUCAAUCAGAAUGAUCUCGGGGAGCGCAGUCACCAAGUCCAAAUGAUGGGUCACAUUUACCGUUCAGCCAGGAGUGUGUUCGUGUGGCUCGGACCUGAAGACGACGAUAGCGACUAUGUGUUUGACAUGCAUGAUAGAGUGCGCCAACCUAAGUUUAAGCAAGACUACGAGCGUGAGAGAUUCGCAACAGGGCUUCUGGCUCUGUUUCGUCGAGAGUAUUGGUAUCGUGCUUGGAUUAGACAAGAGAUUCUCAAUGCUCAGAUGGACGAUGUUACUAUCAAUUGUGGUGAUCGGUCGUUGAAGCUAGGACUCUUGGCCGAUCUCUGUUCUGAUGGGAGCUGGGGAGCUGAGCUGAAUCGCGCACUAGGUGCAAGUCCAGUCGCGGACCUUGUUCACCGUGAUGGAUGGGCGGAGAAGCUCGACAGACUGCUUCAGCUUUAUGGCGAAGGAAGAUGCAGCGAUAUCAGGGAUCGGGUUUACUCCCUCAUGUCCCUGGCUUCAGACCAGGAGGUAGUGUCCGAGGUAUUGCGGGUUGAUUAUACGCAACCAACGUCACUCCUCUUCUGGCAACUGAUUUGCUACUUUACCAAGCUGUAUGACUGGUCGGGUGCCAUUGCUGCAGCCAGGGGGCUGAAGCAAAUCCUAGAGGUCGACGAUCAAAUGACAAGGAGCAUCCGAAAUUGGACUACAAUACAGAAAUGCAUCGGAACCGUUCCAUGUAUUGACUGGAUUCGAGAAUUCCUCGGCCUAGCUCGGGAGGCACGGAGGAUUCAGGCACGAAAAGGGGCAAGCCCCCAAGACGGUGAGCCAGAAACUCCAGGCUCAGGUGUGGAAGACGAAGAAUAUUUCACGCUAUCUUCAACAACAUAUGAAAAGAUGAUCUCAGAGAGUAAACUCAAGGACCCAGCGUGGUCUAACUGGAAACAACACGAAAGAAAGAGGAAUUUUCAACAACCAUCAAGCCCACCACCGAUACCCAAUAUGACGACGCUCAACUCUCGGGCACAUGAUACAACACAGCUACAGCCAAUUAUCCACAACACGUCUCCGGCAUGGCUCCGUAUGAUUCGAAAGAAGUUGACUAAGAAUGACUGGUUUGACUCGCUGGAUUGGUUCAACUUCACAUUAGAAGCCAUCGACCUUGCUUCUCGAGAUUUCACUGAGAGGUCUGCGAGGUGGAAGAAACUUCUUGAAUGGUUGGAAUCCAUUAUCAACACCCUCAGGUUGAGGAUCGAGCGGAUGAGGAAGAAUUGA